AUGAGCACAAGACCAUUGAUGAGCAGAGGACAAUUAUUCACUGGAUCACAAGGUACUGCAGGCGGUACAGCCAGACGAAUCGGAACUGCUGCUAGAGCAGGUAUGCAGACAGGAGGUGUCGGAGUGGGUUUGAGUACAGAUAUCACAGUUGAGGACAGACCCGUCACCCGAGAAGGAAUGUUCGGAAUGAAGACUGGAAAUACAACACAAAAGAGACAAGUUCAAUCAGCCUCCUAUUACUUAGGAGAGUUGCAUGCCAAGAUAUCAAUGCUGACCGAAGAGCUUGAGAGAUUAAGAAAUGAAGGACGAAAACUGCAACAAGAUCGAGUGCAGUCAGAAGUUCUGGUCAAGAAAGAAAAUGAUCUUAAGGACGAACUGGCUCUACUCUCAAACAAAGCAAGAGAUUUAAAUGUGAGCGUGGAAAAACUCCAGCAGUUUGACGCCAUCAAUGCCCAAGAUAGAGAACCUUUGGAAAAACUCAAAGCACAGUACGAAAAGUUCAAGUCUGAAAACGAGAAGUUAAAGGAGUCAAACAACGAAAUAUUUCGAAAGAGAAACAAUUGUGAAGAAUCAGUCAGAGAAAUAGAACAGAAAAUUCAAGAUUAUAACGACGAUCUUGAAGACAAACUUAACAUUGACCUUUCUAAAAAGAAUCUCUUCUUGUCCCUAAAAGAAGAAAGAAGUGAGCUCGAAGAAGCACGUAUUUCAAUGGAACAUCAACUGCGAGAAUUGAACGAUUACUUAAUGGGAGAUGGAGGAUCUGUUCUUUCUAAUGACCCUCAAAAGCAAAAAUAUUAUGAAAAGCUUCAAGAAAAACGAGCCUUAGAAAAACGAAAACAAGACGUGCAAAACAAGUUAAGUGGAGGUACAGUUACUGAUGAAGAAAAGAAUCACUUGAUGCUUCAAAUGAAAAAUGAUAAACAAGACACUGUCAGAAUAACCGAAGCCAUUAAACAGUGUAAAACAUUGGUGAACUCUGAAAAAGAGAAGCUGAAACAAUUGCAAGACCAGCUGGACUCGCAUAAAGGUGAAAAAUCGAAAAGCUAUGCCGAAUUUAAAAACAAGGACGCAGUGCUCACGAAAUACAUGGCCAAUUUUGACACAGACAAGAAUAAGGAAUUAAAAGAGCUUGCAGACCACCAAGAAAUAAUCGUGAAAUUACUUGAUCACAUAAGCAACAAUAUGGGGGACCAGGAGAAUCUUCCAACCCAAAGCAAGUUAGAAGAAAUGAAGGAUGAUCUUGCAUUCAAGCAAGACCAAAAAAAUAUCUCCCUGUCAACACUCGAACGAUUGAAAUUAGAUUUAAAACAAAGAAAAGAAGAGCUCGAAAAAGUCAAUAACCUUGAGCAAAAAAUCACGCAAGACAUGAAGAGAAUGGAUGAGUCCAUGAGAGAAAUGAAACAUUCACUUGAAACUUAUAACAACAUCGAUUUGCUUAAGCGACAAUAUGAGAAGCAAAAAUCAGAGCUUGUAGAGAAUAGGGAACAGUUAAAACUUUUAAAGGAAAACCUGAAAACAGAAAUGCAUUUAUUAAGCAGGCACAACACAACUCUUGAGCGAAAAAUCAAAACCAAUGAUAUUUAUACAAUCCUCAACGACCUUGAGCAAAAGAUCAGAGUGUAUGAACAAAAUAAUUUCCUCCUAAAUGAUUACAUUACACAAAAAGGAGCUGAAUCUGACUACACCGAUGUAAAAUAUAACACCAUGAAGUUAGUGAGUGAUGUCAUUGAAAUGGUCAAAGAAGAGUCCAAACAAUCCUAUUUCUAA